ACCAUCUCUCCUCAAAACAUCGUCUCCUCUCGCGUUUUCCUCUCUCUCUCUUCCCAAUUCGCUCUUCUUUCCCUAUCGUCUCCACAAUCCUUUCCUCCAUCUACAUCUACAUCUACAUCAUGACCUUAGCCUACACACAUCACCGCCGAGAUUAGGGUUCUAUUAUCUUGACUCAGCCGUCACUCAGGUUCCAUUUGUGAAGGAGGAGGAUUCUGCGUACUGGACAGAAGAACGAGGUUAUUCGAUCUACUGAAGAUUAGGGUUCUUCGAUCUCUAGUUUGCAAUGUCAAUUUGGGGAUUUGUAGGUACUCGAUUUGUCAACGCAGUGAGGUCCUGGGUCAGAAAAUAAAGAAGGGCAUAGUCAUCUGCGCCACCGUUUGUUUCAACGCGAUGACCGCCGCUUCUACCACGAGAGAAGAGAUACGAGACAUGGGUUCGAGGUUUGGUCUGUUUCUCUUGGCAGUUUCCAUUCUAUGGGCACCCGUGCUCUCCGAUCUAGUCAUCUCCAUAGUUGACCGACGCAUUGAUUUGACAUCACAAAUUGUGCACAUCACUUCCACACUCAAGGUGGAGAAUGAGGGAAGCGACUUGGUUACUGAGGUUUUGUUUUCUUUUCCCUCAUGUUUUCGGGCAGAGCAUUUGGCACAUGUGGCGGCAACCUCCAGUGGAGGGAAAGGAGGGAAAGGAAAAGCCAAAGGUUCUAGUACUAGCUACGCUGUUCAACUUGUUAACCCUAGAGGCGUGCCUGCUUCCUUGACUUUUUACUCGGUAGCUUUACCAAAGGGACUGGGCAAGGGCGAGAGCUUAACCUUUGAUGUGUUGGCUUUUUUCACCCAUACGUUGAAGCCAUUUACGGAGAAAAUUAUGCAGGCUGACAUUCAGCUCCUAGUGUUUCAGGAUACUGCAUUCUACCUCUCUCCUUAUGCAGUCAAGGCACAAACACUCAGUGUUAAAUUGCCUGAUGCAGGGAACGAAUCUUAUAUGAGAGUAGAUAAUACAAAGAAUGUUGGUUCAGAGAUCAAAUAUGGUCCAUAUGAGAAUCUCCCUCCCUUUUCGUACUCACCUAUUGUUGUUCAUUGUGAAAGCAAUCAACCCUUUGCUGUUGCUGAAGAGUUGGUGCGAGAUAUAGAGAUUUCCCAUUGGGGUAAUGUUCAAGUGACAGAGCAUUACAAAUUUGUCCAUGGUUGUGCCCAAAGCAAAGGAGAAUUUUCAAGGCUUGAUUAUCAAGCCAGACCUCACGUGAGAGAUCAGUAUGCCAGGCGUCUUGUUGCAAAGUUGCCACCAAGAACUCAUUCUGUCUAUUAUAGAGACGAAAUUGGUAAUAUUUCAACAUCUAACUUAUGGAGUGAUUCUAAGAAGACAGAACUAGAAAUUGAGCCUAGGUAUCUUGUGACUGGUGGUUGGAAAACUGCAUUUACCAUUGGAUAUGGUUUGCUGCUUCAUGACUUUUUAUUUCAGUCUGAUGGAAAAUGCCUCAUUGACAUAACUUUUGGUUGCCCUAUGAAUGACGUGGUCAUCAACACUCUCAUUGUGAAGGUUAGUAAUGUGAUGAUUUAUUUAAACUAGUUUUUCUAAUCCUUAUUGUUUUGAAAUAAGGUAUAUGCAUGUGGUUAUAUAUUAUUGCCAUCAGUUCUUGGUAAUCUUAAUUGAUGGUUCUUCUUGACUUUCAGCAACUUCCAUUUUGUUCGUUUCUGACCGUACUUAUGGACUCAGCAAUUUUGUUCUAUAAAUUUUGCCUUGGUUUUGGAAGGUUAGUAAUAAUAGGGAUUCUUUCUGUGGAAAACUGGAGAUCUUCUUGAUGAUGCACUGUCACUCUUUCAGCUCUAUAUAAAGAGAUAGAUAGUGGUGCCAAAAAAUUAGAAAAGAAGAGCAGUGACUUAAAAAUUUUGGAUUUCGGAGACAAACCCAGCAAGUGGAAGAACAGCUAGCCAGAUGGGAGGUCUCUUUUCAGAUUUCAGAGGACCACCCCGCCGAUUCCUAAGAGCCAUGACUACUCCUAUGUCAAUUCAUACCGUACUCUCUACUCUGCUUUCCAGAUAGCGUUGGAGGGCAGAACUUCAAGUAGCAAUGAGUUAAAGGUUGAGAAUACAGGAAAGCUAAGAUGCUAAAGAAUUUGUUCAAGGAAUUUGCCAACCAUCAAUGCAGACUUUAUAAGAGAAGUGUUUUGAAACAAUACGUAUUUGUAUAAGCUUUUGAUGUCUCAAUUAGAUGGGCAUGUAUGAGAAUACUUUUCUUCUUUGAAUGUUGGCUUGGAUGAUUGGGAAAUGCUCCCUUUUAACAUUUGAGGUAUAUAGAAUGGGUUGGAUUACU